CCGCACUAAACCCAAAGAGGCAGCCAAGUGACAAGCCGCGGCAUUCCAGCGAAUCAGACUGAGGCAUCCAGGCUCCCCAUUUGCCCUCGUGGUCACGGGCCAAUGGAGGUGCCUGAUUCCGGCCCUGGUGGAGCCUCGGGCGGAAAUUUUUGCAGGGACUAACAGCUGAUGCCCCUCGUCCUUCUUUUCCUCUCCGGCCUCUCUCCUACCACCAUUCUCCUCUCUUUUCCCUUUUCAUCCUUUUUUUGAUUUUAUGGAAAAUUCUUUUUUUGGAGAAUCCUCAUUUCUAUUUCCCACCUGUGAUGCUCUGCGGGACCCUGCAGUAGCUGAGCUAACUCACCCAAACUUCGUCUCUCGUUGGUUUCCUCCAUACCGCUAGUUUCUUAUAUCCCCUGGUCAGGACGAUCAUCCCAGCAUGACGUCCUCUAUGGCUGCGGAAGCCGCCUUGGGUGACAAGUCCCAGGCCGAUCAGACCCUGGAGACCCUGGGAUAUGUCCCGGAGCUGUCACGCAAUCGCUCCACGUGGCACGUGGUGUUUAUGUGCUUCAUCCUGUCGUCCGUCCCUUAUGGGUUGUCCACUACGUUCGGUUACCCGCUGGCCGGAGGUGGCCCCGCGAACAUCAUCUGGGGCUGGGUGAUCGUAUGUUUGAUUAUCUUGUGCGUUGCCGCAUCGCUGGCGGAGAUCACAUCCGUCUUUCCGACGGCAGGGGGGGUGUAUUACCAGACGUUCGCCCUGUCGCCCCCGUGGUGUCGCCGCGUCGCAUCCUGGGUAUGUGGCUGGGCCUAUGUGACCGGGAAUAUCACCAUCACCCUGGCCGUAAAUUUCGGCACCUGCCUGUUCUUCAUUGGCUGCUUGAAUGUCUUCCACUAUGCCGAUGGCACGGGGAUUGCCGACAACUUCCAGGUCUGGCACACCUAUCUCAUCUUCCUGGCCAUCACCGUGGUGACCCACGCCAUUCCGGCGUUUGCCAACAAGUAUCUUCCUUUGCUUGAGACUGCUGCCAUUUUCCUCACCAUGGUCGGUGUGGUAGCCAUGAUGAUUACGCUCUUGGUGGUUGCCAAAGAAGGAAGACACGAAGCGAAAUGGGUAUUUGGUCACUUCGAGCCUCAGUCCGGCUGGCCGGACGGCUGGUCGUUCUGUAUUGGUCUGCUGCAGGCCGCCUAUGCCACAUCGGCGACCGGAAUGAUUAUCUCGAUGUGCGAAGAAGUUCGCGAGCCUGCGGUUCAAGUCCCCAAGGCCAUGGUCGGAACUGUCGCCAUCAAUCUCUUCGCUGGUCUCGCGACGUUGAUUCCCAUGUGUUUUGUGCUUCCCGAUUUGCAAUAUCUGUACAAUCUGUCUGACGGCCAGCCCGUACCACCCACCUUCUUGCAGGCGACAGGCAGCGAAGUCGGUGCUUUCCUUCUUCUGUUGCCUUUGGUUCUCCUGGGUAUCAUUUGCGGCGUGGGCUGCGUGACGGCAACCUCUCGCUGCACUUGGGCCUUUGCCCGUGAUGGCGCCAUCCCCGGUGCUGCGCUGUGGAAGACGGUCAACCAACGUUUAGACGUCCCAAUCAACGCCAUGAUGCUCGGAAUGGUCGUUGAGCUGCUCCUCGGCCUGAUCUACUUUGGUUCUAGCGCCGCCUACAACGCGUUCUCAGGUGUCGGUGUCAUCCUCCUGACUCUGAGUUACGCCUGCCCCGUCGCCGUGUCUCUCAUCCUUCGCGGCCGCCAGGACGUCAAGAACGGCAACUUUAACCUCGGCCCCCUAGGCGUGUUCUGUAACGUCGUCACCAUCGCGUGGACCCUCCUCGCCAUCCCUCUGUUCUGUAUGCCCACUUCCAUCCCGGUCGAUCUCGAAACCAUGAACUACGCCUGCGUCGUGUUUGUCGGCGUCAUCGUCACCUCCGGUCUGUGGUACCUCGUUUGGGGCCACAAGAACUACGUCGGCCCGCCUUCCGACGCCGUGGACGCUGUAGACCUCACCGACGACGAUCAACCCAUCAAGACAUCUUCCAAUGUGGUAAAGACGACUUAACUGCCCUUAGCAUCGUCCGUCUCCAACCCGAUACCAAUAUACUAUCACCCGUGCGCCUCGUCCCGUCCCAUCGCUGGCACCAGCUAGCUCCAUCCCCAAGCAGCGUUUGGACCCAUAGCACCAUACCAUUCUGACCCAUGCGCCACUUUUCUACGUUGUCGUAUAUAUAACGCCCAACGCACGCCGGCCGAUCAACUUCAGACAAGCCCGCAUUUUGAAUCCAACGGUAGUAUUGCUGAUGUUGUUGCAGUUUUGUGUUGCUCUGGUGUUCUUCAGAUGGGGUGUGCUACUAUCUUGAAGGCCUACUAACGAGAGGGUGCUGGCUGGCUAUUUGAUUUAUUUUAUCAUCCACUGUGGGAGUACACACGCUUUUCCCACGCGCCCUUUUUUCUUGUUUCAAUAUUCUCUCUUUCUCUUUCUUUUCUUGUUUUUUUUCUUGACUAUUAUCAUCUUUACCUUUGUUGUAUAUAUUCCGAUACCUACAGAUAUCCAGGUUAACUACCUACUUAAAUACCUACCUACAAUUUACAAUUUAC